UCCACACCAGGCGAACCCUAGCCUCCUUUCCCCCGAUCCCCCAGCCGCCGAACGGCCUCGCUCCUCCUUCCCUCCUGCUGCGCCCUCUCCUCGCUCGCAGCCGCCUCCUUUACACCUCCGCCCGAGCUCCGCCUUCCUCGCCGACCUCCCUCCUCCUGCCUCCUCCCUCCCGCGCCUCUCCCUCCUCCUGCCUCCUCCCUCCCACGCCUCUCCCUCCUCCUGCCUCCUCUCUCCCGCUUCACCACAGCCGCCGAUCCCCUCCCUCCCUGUCCAUCCUCUCCCUCUCGUUAGCCGCUGCUGCACGAACCUCUCGGAUGGGUGCCGGGUAGAAGGUCGCGCCGAGUCUGCCAUGAAGGAAGCAGCAGGGACUUGGUGGAUGUGUUUGCUCUGCAGGGGAGUGAAAGAAGGAGAUGAGGGAGAAAGAGAGAGGAAAGAGGAGACGGAAGUGCGGCGGUUGAUGGGACAUGGUUGACGGCGGCUCGAUCAGCUCUUGGAUUGAGAGCUGCCAGGAGGCUGGGGCUUGGGCGCGAUGCACGGGAGGCUGCAGUCCACCUCUUCCUUGUGGUGCAGCGGACACCGACAUCAGCGGGUGGGUGACAGACCGCGGCCUCAGCGGGUGGGCGACUACACCUGCAGCUGGUGCUAUACCCAUGGAUUCCGGCACAACUCGAAACAUUCAGGUGAUUGAAGGUACGAGCAUACAUAUAACAUGGGUUGCCAUGAAAGAUGUCUUCCCAUCUCAGGUGAUGAAGAUGGCGUACCUUUAUUUUUUGACACAAGUACUGAUCGGUGUUGGAAUUGGGCUUUAUAAACUUGGCUUUCCAGCAGUUGGUUUUCCUCCAUCGCCUGCUUAUUUUCCCUCUUCGAAGAGUGAAUAAAAGAUACAUGAUGAAAUACAGGUAGACAAGUGUGUGGAAAUUGGACUUCCAGAACUCAUCCUAAUGGUCGCAUUUUCUCAGGUACACAUUACAAAUUUUUAUGAAUUUCUGCUGGACCAAACCAUUGUUUAAAUGGUUUUGAAUGAGGUGAUGUUGUACUAAUCAUGUUUGUUUCCUAGAUGAUAAUUUCCUCAUCUGUUGCAUUCUGGAAAGUGUCUUUGGUCGGUUUUUUGUUCUUUUCACUGUUUCAAUCGUGUGACUAUACACAUGUAUCCUCACAAUUAGUGGCGCUUACAAGAAUGGCAGGCCUACUUGUAGCUUUUCUUAUGUAGUUAAAUAAAACAACCUAGGGUCUCACACUUUACUUCCUUUCUAAUAUAAUAAGGCUGCUAUUGCCUCUUAAUACUUAACACUGGUGAUGAGCUUUACACCAGUUAUAGUUCAUCGAUUAUCUUCUGCCUUUCUAAUAAACAUAAUUAUAUGUUAAUUUGCUAUAUUGUUUUCUUACUUUUUUAUCAAACUGCCAUAUAUGAUACACAAAGAAGCAUUUACCUGAAGGCGCUAAUAGCGUUUUCACAUAGAAUUUGUUCUUUUUUUGCUCCCUUAAUUAGAUGCUCAAGAAACCUGAUAAGCGUCACGUUGAUUCAGACUUGGUGCUAGAUAUGUUGGCCCCCAUUUAUCCUUGACAAGUACCAUAUUCUCAAAUCUAUAUGGUUAGUUGUACUUCUUUUAUGUUGGAGCUACAGAUGCAUCUCGGUCAUUUAUGGAAACUAAAAUCUGCAUCUUCAGCUCAUAGUUUGCCAAAAUUUCUUGAGAUUUAUUCAUAUUGUUCUUAGGUACUUCAAGUCAAACUUUCUUGAGAUUUAUUCAUGUUGUUCUUAGGUACUUCAAAUCAAACUCUACAUGCAAUUGAUGGGGCUACAUGAUAGUCACUUUAAUAUAUCUUCUUGGAAGCCACUUAGUGUUUCCAUGAAUAAUUGUUGCUGGUCUGUUGCACGCCUUCAUUUUUUGGUGGGCUACUUCCUGCCUGGUGUGGUUGAAGAAUUUUCAGAGGCAUGGUUCGUCUUGCGUGCAACUUCUAGUUUGAGUUUCUAUUGACACAUUACAUUUCCUUUUCCUGUAGACCUCUCCUUUUUCAUUUUAUUAUACCUGGGUGUAAUAGCAAGGCAUCUAUAAUCAUUUUGUUCAACUAUAAUCCGAUGCAAAAAACUUCUGUUUAGUCCUCAUAGUUCAUCCAUUAUAUGUUUGCUUUCAAACCAAAGAAAUCGGGGGUCCAGGUUCUGAUCAUGCUCCGAUUGAGUCUAUGUAGCCGUCCUUGGGUUUUUUUCUAUACGCUUGCAUCAUCUAGGUUCUGACCAUGACACAAUCUUGUUUCAAAUUUGUUCUCCUAUAUGUAUGCGUUGUGAUGAUUGAUGAGGCGUAUUGGUGGAAAUAAAUCUGAAGCAAAUAAGAGCUGCGAGCAACUGGUUGUGCCCCUAUUAACCUGCUCAAUAUUUGUGUUGUUUUCCUGUCAGUCGAAUGCCCACUAUUCAGCAAACAGGUAUCUCCAUUUCUUAAAUCCCUUUCUCUAUUCAACGCCCAGUUGAUACGUGGUUAGGAAUCAGAUAAAUUUUACUCAUAUAAUUUCAUAUAUCUACAAUACCGUGUCCAGAUAGCUUAGAAACCAGCGUUAGAAAGGACCUGAUACACAUUACAAUUAUGGACUGUUGAUCUACCUGAUGCAUUUCUUCAUGAUGGUCGGUUCCCUUUCUCCAGAUCUUACAUAUUUAGUUAUGUGAGUUCGGAAGCCAAAACUGAUUGAGAUCUUUUGUUCUUACUUGCAGAUGUUCUGUUAUUCAGAGUACUUCAGUUUCCAGUCUCUAUAUAUUAAUCAAAUUAUGGGUUAUUUUGAACCUUAUAGGCUUUUAUAUUAUGUUCAGUUAUGCUUCCAUGGGUUUUUCAUAUGUAUUAACAAAAGAACCAGACUACUAUUUUGUUUAUACUUGAAUCAAAGGACGUAUAAUUAAUUUGCUAUUAUGGAAGGACUGAGUAGGCAGCUAGCUGAAUGAGAGGACAAUCAUGACAAGCAAACCAACACAUAAAUAGUAAUCCCACAAUUUUUUACAACUGCAUUCCAAUGAACUUUGGUAUGGAUAUGCAUUUUUAUCCUUGGGAGUACUUUGGAUUUUAAGUGGGAAUCUUAGUUCUUUUCUUCUUAACUUUGGUAUGGCAAGCAAUGCAGGUGAUAUGCCUAAUGGUUGUUGCUGACGCUGAAAAACCACUCUUGAAGCACUAGAAGUGCCCUCUCUAUGGUGCAUCACUCACUGGAUCCAGAUGGGCAACCUUCCGCUUCAAAAUUAGAAGAGCGCAUUUUUUGCCUGUUGUCAUUGCUUACAAAGAGUAAUCUACCAUGUCCCUAAUAUACAUACAUAAUUGUUCCACCAUCACAAGAUUUCCGUGAUAUGCAUGUGCAUAACUUUCUUUACUAUGAAUUAAUUGACAUGAUGAUGACAAGAGGAAAGGCAGGCUGUCAUUUCUAAAGGUUGAGAUUUUCUGUUUUAAGGAAUGGCAACCAUCUGUUCCUUGUCUGGCAUAUGUAUUUGCUUUGCCCUCUGUUUUGGAUAAGGCAAGGCAGAUCAAAUAAACACAGUAAUCGUUUAGUCCUUCACUAUAUUCUGAAAAAAGCACUAUGAUUUUCUGUGUCAGGGUAGUACUAUGUCAAACUGAUGCUUUGUACUACAUGUUCUGGUGUAUUCCUUGACAAUAUUAGGCAUUUGCAUUGUCCUUUGCUUUGUUUGUUCAUGCCGCAUUAGUUUUUUUAGUUAUAGUCGGUUUUAUUUCUGAUUCGAACUAUCAUGUUUUCAUUUGUUUCUUAUAAAUUCUUUUUGAUAAGAAGAUGUUGUCUUCCAGUUGUAUAUUUGUUCUCUUGAUUUCAUUUGUUUCUUAUGCAAGGGUUCUCAAAUUAUUUUUGUGGGCAAGAUAAAACUUAAAAGGUGAUCUGGGACAAGUGGAAGGAGGGAAGCCGCCGUAAGAUCGAUAAUAACUUGUCGACAAGAGCAUGUUCGUUCAGACGUUUCCUUACUAAAAGUUAUUUAUCUGUAGCAAGUGUUUCUAUUGGAACUAUCAAAUUCAAACUCCUAGGUGUCUAUGUCAGGAUGUAGGACUUUGUCCGGGCAGAGAUAUCCCCUUUGAUCUUUUCGUGAAUCCUUUCACACUUCUUUCUAUAAAGUGCUGCUGAUUUUAAUAAAAUCCCUUUGUUCAAAAAACAAUAUAAUUCAAGCUCCUAGAAGAGCUUGUUCAUUCA